UGCAAAGAAUAACGAUAAAACCGAAGCUUCCCUGCUCCAGCCGCCUUCAGCAAUACCUAGCCUUAGUUUUUCUGUUCUUUGUUUUGAGAAAAGAAAAGGAAAGCAAGAGAAAGAAAAUGGGUUCUUUCUUUUCAAGCUUGUUAGGUUCGCCAUCAGAAGAUUCAUCUUCAAAUCCAUCUUCAUCUGAGCCUUCAAGGGUCUUAACCUUCCAUUCAUCUCCCAGAUGGCAGCUUCACUUCAACUCUGUCAAAGAAACCCCAAAGCUUAUAGUUAUAGAUUUCUCAGCUUCCUGGUGUGGGCCUUGCAAGUUCAUAGAACCUGCUGUACAUGGCAUGGCUGCAAAGUUCACUGAAGUUGAUUUUGUUAAAAUUGAUGUUGAUGAACUGCCUGAUGUGGCGCAGGAAUUUGGGGUGCAGGCAAUGCCAACAUUUGUGUUGGUGAAGAAAGGCAAGGAAGUGGAUAGGGUGGUCGGAGCCCAAAAGAAUAACCUUGAGAAGAAGGUUGAGAAGCAUAGGACUCUCCAGGCUGCUACUUGACGAUCCCUUCAGUUUGUUUAUUUCCUUUAAUAAUGUCUAAUGUGGUUUUCUGAAAUUGAUUGUGGUAAACAAUGUUUCAACCCUUUAUUGUGGGACAAUGAUGAUUUCAUAUGUGCGAUUGAUACAAUGGUCAGAUGCUUUCUUUUA